GCGCCGCGACCGCAGCAAGCUCUGCCGCCUCUCGCAGGGCUGCGGGCCGCCGGGCCCCGCCGCCGCCCUCGGCCUCCUCCUGGCCCCUGAGGAGAUGCCGCCCGCCGCCGCGCCGCCCGCCCGCCGCCACCUCCACCACCGCCACCACCACCACCACCGCGCCUACGGCUCCCUGCUGCCCGCCGAGGCCGUGCCCAUCGUGGGCGGCAUCGACACGCUGGAGCUGCCCGGCGCCGUCGUGGGGGAGAUGGGGUUUAAUGACGAUCCUGGCCCGUCUCAUCAGUCGGGUCUUGAGAAGAUGAACCUCAAAGAAGAAAUAGUAGUGAAGGUGGUAGAGCCAGAAGAAAGCUCUGAGGACAUGGCGGUGGUUCCACCUAGCCAAGAACAACUACCUUUUCUGGGGACAUCGGGCGGUGGUUCCUCUGGGAAAGUAAAAGCCAAAACAAAAGGCAGGGCCCAGGCAGACCAAAAUGAAAUAACUGAAGAGGACCUAAUGCAGAUUCAGCAGACCCAGAUGCAGGUGAUCCAGUCUGGCUUUGACAGCGUCAACCACAAUCUUCGGCUGCUGCAGCAAGGCAUGCAAGAUCUGAGUCACAGCCUCAGCAUCAUGGCGCAUACGCUUGUUGCUAUCAAAAACGUCUAUGUCAAAAACAACACUGGACCAACCACGUACACCACCGCCUCUACGCAGACCCCAGCUGGGUACCUAAGCCCGGGGUCCCCCCAGGUCUCCCCUGCUGAAGACAGAGGUAGAACACAGGCGGCUGGAAGCAGCAGCAGAAGCAGCAGCUGCAGCUCCAGCUCCAUGUCACAAGAACCAGGUCCUUCCGAGUUCCCUAGGCCCCCCCUGAGAACCAUUAAGAAAGAACAUCCAAACGGCUGCUACUACUUCUGCUUUGCAGAUGUGUAAAAACUUGAAUAUGUAUAAAGUGACUGUGGUGUUAGGUGCUGUUGUAUGUUCUGCUCCAGCCUGUGACCUUGAAGGAGCAAAGUGGACUUGCCUCCCAUGUUUUUCCCAGUGGGAAACAUUUCGCUAUAGGUGGCAUUAAACACUAAUUACCAGUCUCCUGUUUGUUAACUCUGUUGCAGUUGGCUAAUAAUUUUUUUCUGUUUUUCUUUAUCCUCUUACUCUCUUUAAAAAACAAAAAAACAGAUUUAUUUUGACUAAGACUGUUGUCUGUAUUGUCCUUUGUUUAAUGUGACCUUUUGAAAAAUAAAAGGCAUGAGAGUGGGGUAAAAAAGUAA